AAACCUGACGCAUACCAGUCCAAGCAGGUCGAAGUCGGAAACUAGUGCCUAUUGGCUGGGGAAAAAUAAAAUGGGAAAAUUGAAUAUGAGCGGGACAUGAAAGAUAUCUGCUUGACACUACGAUUACAAUGACCACUCAAUGUCAAGCUUUCAAAACGUCAAGGAGGAUUCAUGCUGAAGCUAUGCUUCUUUAUAUAAUAGUGUGCCAGUAUGGGUGCAGUGAGGGGGUGGCAGAUACAGCGACUGGUUCCACCAUCGCAGUGAAAGUGGGGGAGAGCAUCACGUUUCCUUUCUCAGCUGAGGGCAACCAAAGCUACAGCGUUUAUCUUCUUUUUAAAACAUUUACAAUAGCUGAAGAGCAUUUUCCUGAAAUGACCACUUUUGUUAAAGAACAACAUAAGGGAAGGGUCAGCAUUGGCAAUGACUCGAUAUGGCUGAACAAAUUAAGCCUAUCAGAUUCUGGCCUUUAUCAAGUUAAAAUUGAGUAUACAUCGGGAGGUUUUAAGCCACAGAAGUAUACAGACUUUCACCUGCAGGUUUUUGAGCCCGUCUCUAAACCCAAAAUCACAGCUGAGUGCCUGGGGAGUAAUGUCAGUCUGAGCUGCUUCAGCAGUCUGGGGACUGCAGUGACUUACAGCUGGGAAACUCUGCUCCCUUGUGGUAAUGACGGCUGUGUGCACCUGGACCAAGUGAUAGACCUCCAGUUACACUCCCUCUCUCCAUCCACAACCUACGCUUGUACAGCCCAUAACCCUGUCAGCAGAGCCACCAGCGAUUCUGUUGAUCUGGAAAUGUGCUUCCCUCAACGAUCACAAGUUAGAUGGGUUCCAGCCUUGUGUGCCACAUCAGCAUUCCUUGUCUUCGGAGUACUAAUACUGCUGUACAAGAGGAAAAAGCACCAACAGUACAAAAGUGAAACAAUUCAAGUGGAAGUUGAUGAGCCGGUCAUGGAAGAGGGGCCACCAUCCGCAGUGCCUUCCAUUGAUCCAGUAUAUGUCAGCACGCUUUGUUCAAGUUACCUCAGGGGCAACUGAGAGGACCUCUGCAUAGACUAAAUAUUCAAGCGUUAUAUAGACAGGAAAAAGGGAAGCCAAUGGGGAAUGUGAAGCCUUGUUGAAAUUAAACUAUAACAACACACUUUAAAUCAAGGAAUAGAAAUCCUAACAUUCUAGCAGGUUCUUGCUAAUGAUACCUUAAAGAGGUAAUCCGGCUCAUUGGUGAGAAGUCGGGCAUGGGCUUUCCAUCUGUGGUGCAUCUCUUAUUGAAAUGACUCCAAGAUAAAGCAUUGCUGCCUACUGAAACGAAGGAA